AGAGGCAUAAUGUAGGGAUCGCGAUGUCGUCUGGGGUUGGGGAGAAAGAGAAGGAGAAGGAGCAGGUGUUGGUGGAGUAUUGUAAGGCCCCCAAUGGCCUUGAGAAGGUUGUUCUCAAAGAGCUCCGUGGUUCUUCGGCUGAGGUGUAUUUAUAUGGGGCUCAAGUUUCCUCAUGGAAAAAUGAACACCGGGAAGAAUUGCUUUUCAUGAGUAGUAAGGCUACAUAUAAGUCUCCUAGGCCUAUUCGUGGUGGAAUUCCGAUAUGUUUUCCACAAUUUGGAAAUCUUGGUUCUCUUGAGCAACAUGGAUUUGCUAGAAAUAGAUUUUGGAGUAUUGAUCAAGAUCCCCCACCUCAUCCACCAGAUAGUGGGAAUAAGGCUUUCAUUGAUCUAAUCCUGAGGACAUCUGAAGAAGAUUUAAAGAUAUGGCCUCACAGAUAUGAAUUUCGACUUAGGGUAACCCUGGGACCUGGAGGAGACUUAAUGCUGAAUUCCCGCAUUAGAAACACAAACACUGACGGAAAGUCGUUUACAUUCACAUUUGCUUAUCACACCUAUUUGGCUGUAACUGAUAUCAGUGAAGUGCGAGUAGAAGGAUUAGAGACAUUGGAUUAUCUGGACAACUUGAAGAAUAGAGAGCGGUUUACUGAACAAGGGGAUGCCAUAACUUUCGAAUCAGAAGUGGAUAAAGUUUAUCUUGGUACACCUACCAAAAUUGCUAUUUUGGACCAUGAAAGAAAGAGAACAUUUGUAUUACGAAAGGAUGGACUUCCAGAUGCUGUUGUUUGGAAUCCAUGGGAUAAGAAAGCGAAGGUGAUUCCUGAUUUUGGGGAUGAUGAAUACAAGCAUAUGCUUUGUGUCCAGGCUGCUUGCGUGGAGACGCCUAUUACUUUGAAACCCGGUGAAGAAUGGAGAGGAAGGCAAGAACUAUCUGCUGUUCCUUCCAGUUACUGUAGUGGAAAACUUGACCCCAAUAAGGUACUGCAUGUUGGUUCAGUGUUUUGA